CUCUGAGGUGGCUCCCAGCAUAUUAGAGUUUGAAAACCUGCUCUGAGUUCAUCUGUUAGUGUUAGUGCGCCACCUACUGGGCCUCAGAAAUAACACUGUAUAUUACAGUAUGGUGUACUCUGAUGGAUGGAAGCUACUUUGUGUGUGAAUAAAAAUAAUUGCAAUUUCCCCAGCAGCAUGACUGCAAUUUAUGAAGUGAACAUUUGGAGGAUUUUAUUUUUUACAGAAAAAUCUCAUUUUUUCUCUUUUACCGGUGUCUAGAAUUGUUUUCUUUUAGUUACACAACAAAAUAUCAAACACAGUCAUUGUCACAGAAGGGCUGAGAGAUGGACAUGAGGGACCUUUCAAUGGUCCUCUGCUGUAAUGACAACACAUCUAAACAGUUUAACUUCCAGUGUUCACACAAUGCCAAAGAGACAAUGCAUUCUGGGGACAAUGAUCGUUUGUAUGAGAAAUGUAGUUUUGAAACAUGAGUGAACAGUUUUGGGACAGAUAUGAGGUUUUGCAAAUGAACCAUGGUGUUAAGCUGAACUGUCAGACUGUUCACAAAGAUCUUAGAGUUUUGAGAAUAUAAUUUCUGGUUCAAGAAAUGAGUCAAACCAAUAAAGAAAAGGUGUAAAUGAACAGUCAAUAGAUGAACUGGGAAUUCUUUUUUUUUAAUGUCUCUGCACUCCUGUUCACCUGUGUAGUGAUGGCAAGAAACAGACAAUGGGACACUGAAAAUUUGGUAUUACAAAUAAAACAAAAUAAUUAUUUUAUCACAAGAAACAUUUUUAUUUGUUAUAAGUGUAUUUCAGGUAAAUGAGAAGUUUAACUUUGAUACAAAACCAUAUAGAAACUGUUACGAUGUUAAAAUGCUGAACAGAUGUACUGUUUAAUGUAUUUUCAAAUAAAAAUCUUUACCUGGGUAAUACUAUUUUCUCAUUUUGCAGACUCUUUUUUGAUUGAAAAUGCACUGCUGACCCUGUGAAGUACAUUGAGUUUCUUUGUGUGAAAUUCACAGUAAAUUGAAGCAGGCUGAAAUCCAGGCUACACGAUGACGUUUCAUAUGAAAACGCAUCUUUUCCACUGUGAUAAGGCAGCGAAUUCAGAAAUCUCGAAAGGAUCUUUCAUUAAUAGCCUAUAGUGUCAUGGUUUGGUCAUUUGGGACCUUUCAAAUAAACUGAUAUGUUUCAGCACCAAGCUGAUAAACCACAUCACGCCCAACCUGACUUGGUUCAAUAAAUUGAGCAUUGGUUGAGCAUUGAUUGUUCAAUAUUCUGUUAGGUGCAUAUUUUAAUACACAAGCAAUUAAAUUUAGUUAUUUUGGGGGACAAUGAUCAUUUGUAUGAGAAAUGUAUUUUUGAAACAUGAGUGAACAGUUUUGGGACAGAUAUGAGGUUUUGCAAAUGAACCAUGGUGUUAAACUGAACUGGAAGACUGUUCGCAAAGAUCUUAGAGUUUUGAGAAUAUAAUUUCUGGUUCAAGAAAUGAGUCAAUGAGGUUUUUUUAAUGUCUCUGCACUCCUGUUCACCUGUGUAGUGAUGGCAAGAAACAGA